CUCUCUCUCUCUCUCUCUCUCUAUCUCAAAAAGAAUCUCUGGGGACUCUUCGCUUUGUUUGUUUUUUACUAUUAUUGUCUUUAGAGUUUUAUAUUUCAUUGAAUCCUUCACUUUCACGCUAUAAAUACUCUCUCCCUUCCUCUCUUCCGUCUCUCUCUCUCUCUCUCUCUCUCUCUCCCUCUGCCGGAGAUUCUUUUGUUGAUUCCGAUUAAGAUUUGGUGACCAAGCGAAGGAGGACAAUGAACGCGCAACUUUUGGAGAUUGAGCCGAAGGAACUUAAAUUCCAAUUUAUAUUGAAGAAACAAUGCUCCUGCUCGGUUACGCUUACAAAUAACACUAACCAAUAUGUUGCUUUCAAGGUUAAAACCACCUCUCCUAAGAAAUACUGUGUGCGGCCUAAUGUUGGCAUUGUUAUGCCAAAAUCAACCUAUAAUUUUACAGUUACCAUGCAAGCUCAGCGCGAAGCCCCUCCUGAUAUGAUAUGCAGAGAUAAGUUCUUGAUUCAAAGUACAGUUGUCCCAGAAGGAACAACAGAUGAAAACAUUACAUCUGCCACAUUUGUCAAGGAUAGCGGAAGAUAUAUUGAAGAGAAUAAGCUUAAGGUUGCCCUUAUCAGCCCUCCGCAUUCUCCAGUUUUAUCACCAAUUAAUGGGAAAAUGAAUCAGGAAAUGGGUUAUGAUAGAGUCGGGAUUCCUGCACCCCUUCCGAUGGUUCUGGAGUCAAAGAUGAUAAAUGUUGAGGAUUUAAAGCCAACAAAGGAUGUAGAUUGGAGGCCAAGGAAGGAUACGUAUUAUGAGGAGGAAUUAAAGCCGAAGACGGAUGCAGAGCUGAAUCCAAGUAAGGAUAUGUUUUUUGAGGAGGAAUUAAAGCCGAAGAAGGAAGCAGAGCUGAAGCCAAGUAAGGAUACGUACUAUGAGGAGGAAUUAAAGCCAAAGAAGGAUACAGAGCUGAAGCCAAGUAAGGAUAAGCUCUAUAAGGAGACAUUAAAGCCAAUGAAGGAAGCAGAACCGAAACCAAGUAAGGAUAUGAUCUAUGAGGAGGAAUUAAAGCCGAAGAAGGAUGCAGAACUGAAACCAAAUAAGGAUAUGAUCUAUGAGGAGGAAUUAAAGCCGAAGAAGGAUGCUGGACUGAAGCCAAUGAAAGACGUUAUCGGUGACGACUUCAAUUUAAUAAAAGAAACUGAUCUGAAGCUGAAGAAUAAUUCUUUCAAUAGCAAGGAGUUAAAGCCAGUGAAAGAUUUGGAAUCAAAGCCGAUGGAUGAUAUUCUUGAUACCAAGGAACUGAAGACAGUGAGGGUAAAGGAAUUCAAUGGAUUGAAGGAUGACGAGGUGAAAACAUUGAAGACUGUGGAGGAUCUAAAGUUUGCUAAAGAUGUGGACGAAAUGAAAUUAAAAUUAAAUGACCUCGAGUUUAAGCUAGGCAAGGCUGAAGCAAUCAUUUCAAAACUGACAGAGGAGAGGAGCCUGAGCACUCAGGAGAGGAAGGCCUUACAAGAGGAACUGGCGGUGUUGAGGAAAAAGAGUGAUGUGAGAAGAGUUCAAGUGGGAUUCCCUUUCCUAUUUGUGAUAAUGGUAGCACUGGUAAGUGUGUUUCUGGGAUAUCAUACGCACCAUUGACAAACAAUACUCUUUUUUUUUAUUGUGAUGCCGUUAUAAGAAACAGUCAUACAGGGGGGGGGGUUUGUUAAUAGUCUGUAGAAAUAGAGUUUUAAAUAUUUUACUGCUCAUAUGAAGUCUGCACAAUACUACAGUGUCGGCAAUAUAAAGCAAAAGUUUGCCUUUGUGUUAGCUAUUUUGCCAAGAAAGGAAAAUAACAUAUGAGGUGUCCCCAACAGA